GUUAUUGGAGAAUUUGAAAUAAUACUUAAGGUCACAGCUAAUUUACUUGAAGUGUGUCGUGCUCGUGAGACUGUUAUUACAAAUAGAAUAUUAAUAAGGAGAUAUGUGUAUUGUAACAAUUAAGUGACAGAAAUAGGUAAGAGAAAGAAUAAGUCUUCUUGGAUAUAUGCUCCCGAAAAAACAGAUCAUGUCAAGAACUCUCAGUUCCACGUGCAACUCCAAGAUGUUUCGGUUAAAAGAUAAAGCGGACCAUUCAUAUUUUAAGUUGUCACAAUCUGAGAGCAAAGUUCGAGAGAUAUCUCAACCUGUUAAGAUUACACAACUAUUGGGCCUUCCUACACCUUCGAAAUCUGGUCUGAAAAAAGAUUCAGUUGUUAAAAUUAGUCAACCUGAGAAAAUCAUACCUUAUAUGAGGAAUACAUCGACUCAAAAGAAAAGCGGAGCAAAUAUGAUCUAUUGGUUUCGCUAUACCGAGAAGAAUGUGCGAAGGAACUUAAGAUUUACGGAAACGCCGACCACCGCAAGAAAAACCAAGCCGGUCGUAAGAACAAACAAUUCGCACAGUAAACCUGCGGUGACCGAAAGGAAAGACUUGGAAGCGCACGACAGAAAAAGUUUCUUACUGCCGCCGAACAGCAUAAAGGACAUGCACGUUGCACAGAGCAAAUUCAAACGGAGCAUGCCUGCGUUGCCACAUCUCAAUCAGACUCGUGUCUUGGAUAAGUCUACGAGCCAGUGUCCUAGGAUAUCCGAGGGGUCCGAGGGUACCUCGCUUCUCGUGGAAGAUGCUGACGUACCUGCGAGCUAUCCUGUCGCGCGGGAGAAGAAUAACAAGACGUCAGUCAUACAGCACACAUCGUCGCAGACGCACAAAACGGACGAUCGGUCCGAUGUAAACAUCUUACAUUUCUUCGGCACGAAUUCAACGGAUGCGAACAACGAUGUGGCGGGAGAAGAGCGUUCAGGCACUGGAAUCUUAAAACGUAACGUCUGUGGCAAUGAAAAUAGCAGCGAUGAUAUUGUAGUAAACAAACGAAGGCCUUCCGCAUAUAACGUGGACGCGAGGAAGAAUAUCAAAUCGUUCAACGGCAGUUAUCUUAACUCGGGAACGAAUAAUAUAUGCACACCCGGUGUGGAGAAGAUAAAAACCGAAGAUGUGUGCGCAUCUUUACGAGCUAUCAGGACUAUAAGCGGCUCUCGUGUGGAUUUACAGCAAGAAGACGUCGACGAUGAUCCCGACGGAUACGUGAUUCUCAGCAAGAAGGAGCUCCGAAUUUUAGCGUCCAACUUGGAACAUGUAAUCCGCAGGACGGAGGAGAGCAUGUCCUGCUUGAAACUGGCGGCGACUUACGUGAUGAAUUUAUCGGUGUCCGUGCGGACCGACCUGAAUAAAGUGAUCAACGACGAUAAGAUCGAAAGCGAGAGACGAGUGACUGAAGAUCCGAACGACAAUGUGAAAGUAACCGGUAAAAGUAAUAUAAACGCGAUAUCGACGCCACGUGUCUCCGAGAUCGAUCACAGCCCGGAAGACGCUUCCGGGACGGUCGACUUGACUGAGGGAACCGACCAGCCCGAAGCUACGAAGCCGGAGGACCACGUCGAGAUACGGCGAGAAGUCGAUUUCGUCGUCGAGGACGACAAGGAGAACGAAGGGAGCGCGAAGAAGUUCCGUACGAAGCGCUCCAAGUCCCAGUGCAAAGCGAGACGACACUCCGCACGACUGUUGAUGAAAGCCCUGAGGAACUCGAAAGUGGACAACGAUAGUUUCGUGAAUAUGGAGCACGAGCUGAACAUCACGAACGGCGAAGCGCAUCGUCAAUCCGUCACGCCGGUCACGUCGAAAGGUAUUUCGGUGACGAGCGGGCGCAGCGACGGCGAGAAGACGACGGGGAGACCCUUGAGGGAAUACUUGGCGCUGAAGUCGCGCAUGAGCUGCUUGCUGACGCCCAACGUCAAGCGAUUCAAUUCCGCGGAAUCGAGCGACAACGCGCAUCCUGAAACCAUCAGGACCUCCCUGUCGCACAAGAUACUCGCGGAUCUCCAAAACUUGUACUCCGACUCGCCGGAUUUGCAGUGACCCGACUUGUGUUAUCCUUCUACAUCGAUAAUGCGUUUUCUUUCAACGAUAUAAUAUAUGAGUAUUUAAUGAUAAUAUAGGUAAAUUAUAGUCCCGGUCUACAAGUGUUUUAAGAUCUAAGUAAUUUGAUCAAUCGCAGUCGAUUAUUCUCUUCGCACUCGACUGGUCAGUUUCUUAAGGCUUAAAGCUCGAAACUUCUAUCUGUUGUAGACCGGGGUUUAUAUACAUAUAUGUGUAUGAAUGCUGUGCAUAGAAAGUAGUCGUAAUAUCGAUCGACAAUACUUCUUAAUAUAUUUGUCGCGUAAACACGAUGCUACAUAUAUAUAUAUAUAUGUUUUAUA